ACUGUGCAACAUUCAAAUUAUAUUUAGUAAAAAGUUGUUAUAUUAUGUGUAUAGCAUUGGAUAACCUGGUGAAGCGGCCAGCAAAUCCAAGAACGUUGCUCAGGCAAGAGCUGCAGAUGAUAUGAGUGAUUCCAACGAUUGUACAACUGUGAGUGGAAGACUCCGUGCAGCCAACAGCAAGAGUGCCUCAUCCAGCAAGAGUAAUUAUAGUAGCAGUUCAGGAGCUAUGGUCAAGCUGCCUGCUAAAGUAGAAGUUAGGAACACUACUGAUGCUGACCAGAAACAGCGAGUUGGCUCGGCGAGCAGAGCAAAAGCACCGCUUGAGGCGACUAGCUCAUCUGAUGGAUGGCGAGAUGGCAUGUCUGAAGAAGAAGACAAGCAGGAGAGAAACAGGGUGGUUGUUCAGCCUGCUGCAAGUCUUGAUGAGCUUGAAGACAAGGAUGGUGCCAUUGCUGAACUGAGACGCCGUGCCCACGAAGUUACCGUCACACUCAUCAAACAAGACGAUCAGCUGAUGAAGCAUCAGGUUCUCCAGUCUAGAGGCUGCUCUACCUUAACCAAGUCACAGGAGAUGCAGCAACAGUUUCAGCAACUACAACAGCAGCAGCAGCCACAUCAGCAGCGAUUCAACAGCGGGUCAUCACACCCUUUACACGCAGCUGCAGCACCACCCGCUUUCUCUGCAUUUGCAGCUUUUUCCCGCUCUGAUGUCGCGAGUUUGACUGUGACAGGAACGUUUGCUGCCGACAUGCGGAGCACCUUACACGGUGGUAAUAGGGGUGGAUAG